AGUGGGCCGCGUGCGAGCAUGGCCAGAAACACGCGCGAGUAAAGUUGACAGCACGGACGCGCUAAUUAGCAAUUUGGAAGAUCCAUGGCCUCGCUGCCCCUCCAUCAACAGCUGAAGGAGAGCCUUAAACCCAAAAAGCCCACCAACCUCUGCGUCCCCGUCGCCGGCGACCACCACCAUGCACGCCGCCGCCGCAGCCGCCACCGCGGGGAUCAUCUCGCCGCCUACACCUCGUCUCCUCCGCGCGAACACCAGGGCCACCUUCGUCUCCUUCCCGCGGCGAUCGCCUCCCACGACCUCCCUCCUCUCGGCCUCGUCCGCCCUGGCCCCCGCCCCGCCGUCGGCCAACCCCAAGUACCACAACGCGAAGGUGGACGAGGGCGACGAGGAGGUGGACGGGGAGGAGCUGUUGCAGAGGUUCAGGCGGGAGGUGGCGCGCGCCGGCGUCAUGGAGGAGAUCAGGUGGCGGCGGAGGCACGAGGACGCCCGGGACAAGCGCAAGCGCAAGGCCCGCUCCGCCGGCCGGAGGUUUCGCCGGAGGUGCUAAUUAAUCAUGCAAUUUCCGUCAGCUUCGUGAAGCCACCUUCGAUCUGUUCUAAUAUUGGGCAUGCUGCAUCGGAAAACUACAAGCAUACGUUGUUUGUGCUCCAUUUUAGGCCGCUUUGAUAUUUCAGCGACCAAUUCACUUAUUACAUGAAAGCUUCGUACCAAUACUGCCUCUUCAGCGGCGAAUUUUUAUCUCACAUUAGAUCGCUAUAAUACAUUGGGCUUAUGUGAAUAUCAUUAGCAUUUCAGCUCUCUGAUGGUACUGACUGCCAUGUUCUUCUGAAUGUGGUCAUUGGACUGUACUGGUCAUCUUGUAAAUUCAUUGUCAUUAGCAUUUUAGUUCUGAUUGGAAGCAAAUUGAAAUUAUGAGAUAAUCCUCUUUUCUUAUCAA